AUGCCGCCCAAGCCCCGCACCUCGCUGUUCCUCGCAUACUGCCCCGACCGCAUCGGCCCGACCGUCGUCGAGACGCGGCUCAAGGUCCGCGCCCAGCACUUUGCAGAGUUCAAGGUAGACCAGCAGGCCGGCCGCGCGGAGUUUGGCCGCGCCAUCCUCCCGCCGCCCACCUCGGCGCUGCGCACCACGCCCAACCUCUUCCCCGAGGGCGUCCAGCCCAUGGGCGGCAGCGUCAUGCUCCUGCGCUACCCGUCGCUCGAGGCCGCGUGGGCGCGCGUCAGGGACGACGUGUACUGGACCGCCGGGGUGUGGGAUCCCGAGCGCACGGUCGUGGAGGAGUUUUGCGAGCCGCCGCCCACCGGCAGCGUCAAGGGCGUGGACGCGGAGAACGUCGGUGGCAGCGGCGUCGGUAUUGAGUGA